UCUCUCUUCCUCGCAACCUUCUUCCUCCCAAGAGACUCUAAAACUCUCAGCUGCCUCCUACUCUCUUGCUGCCUACUGAACCACUUAGUUUCUCUCACAUUUUGCAAGAAAGAUUGAAUUAAAUAUGGCAGUUAGAAGGCUCCGUGAAGAAGCUGAGAGUGAUCCAGACCCACCCGUAACCAGACGGCUGAGAACUGCGCCUUCCUUAGCGUCUGUUAUCAGAGAAGCGGUGAUGGCAAAAUCCAUACAGAAUGUCUGUUUUGCAUUGGAGCCACUGCUCCGGAGGGUGGUGCAUGAGGAGGUGGAGCGUGGACUGGUUCAUCUUGUGCACCCACCAUUGAGAUCUCCGCAAAUAUGCAUCGAAGAGGUGGAGCCAUCAUCAUGCUUGCAACUCGCAUUCGCUCAACCACUCGCACGCCCAAUAUUUACCGGUAGCAGGAUAGAAGACACGGAGAGCAAUGCACUUCAAAUCCUGCUUACAGACACUCGAACCGGCGAACGAUCACCGAGGAUGCUCAAAAUCGAAAUAGUGGUCCUUGAUGGAGAUUUUCCCUCCAGGGACCAAGAGCAUUGGACCAGCAAUGAGUUCGAUAGUGGAAUUGUCAAAGAAAGGGAAGGGAAGAGACCAUUACUCAUUGGAGAACGCACUGUCACAUUACGAGAUGGAAUGGCUCCCAUUGGGGAACUUGUGUUUACAGACAAUUCAAGUUGGAUAAGGAGCAGGAAAUUCAGACUAGGUGCAAGAGUUUUUCCUGGAAGCUAUGAAGGACCAAGGAUUAAAGAAGCACUCACAGAAAGUUUCACAGUUAAAGAUCACCGGGGAGAAUCGUAUAAGAAGCAUUAUCCACCAUCCCUUGGUGACGAGGUCUGGAGGCUAGAGAAGAUAGGAAAGAAUGGAGCUUUUGACAGGAGGCUGGCUGAUGCAGGAAUUAGAACUGUCCAAGAGUUCUUGAAGCAAUUGGUCAUCAAUCCCAGUCGCCUCCGCACUAUACUGGGGCCAGGGAUGUCAGAAAGGCAGUGGGAAAGAUCUGUAAAGCAUGCAAAAACCUGCACCAUUGGAGAGGAGAGAUAUUUGUAUUGCAGGCAACCUUAUGCUGUCAUCAUGAACCCUAUCUGCGAGGUUGUGGGAAUAAUGAUUGAUGAUGAUAUAAUGACUCUGCAGCAGCUUAGCCAACAUCAGAUGGAAGAUUUUAAGCAGCUGAUCCUGGAGGCAUACGAGCAUUGCAAUCAACUGCAGAAAGCUGAUGGGAUAUCAUUCAGUGCCACAGUUUCUCUACAACCAAACGAUCCUAUGAAUACAGGUCUGAUAGGUUCCUCCACUUGGUAUUCCAAUCAUCAGGAGAGCUUGAGCUCGGAGUAUCAAAAUGGGGGCAUUUUUGAGUUGGAAUCUACUAAUUGGAUCCAAACCGCGAUGCUUGACACCCCUGAUCAGCUUCAUGAAGGAUACUGAGGGAACGAUCAGAGAUCCUAACAAGUUUUGAUCUACUUUCAGUUUGUAAAUGCUAGUGUGGUAAAGUAGUCACUUUUUCACGGCAUUAAUUGUCUUGCACAUGUAAAUUAUUGUUGGUAUUAUAUAUCCUUUUGCAGCCCUGACUGCUUAAUUGAGAGGAUGAAAAUCAAGCAAAAAGGGGCUUCUCUGAAAGAAAGAGGAACAAAAUGAAAAUAAGAGGAGGACAAUUUUUUCAUCAAAAAAAAAAAAUAAAUGCGAGGAUCCAUUCAGACAUAUACUUAAUCUCAUAUCAGUUAUUCAUUGGAUCAAUUUAGAAUAUUUAUAUAAAAUAAAAGAAACUAAAUAAUAUCUUCCGACUAAUUUUUUUGGAUGAAAUUUUAGAUUAUUGCGAAUAGUAUUAAAGCAAAUCUGGCUCAUGAUCUACGUAGACUAGAUACCGCAGCUUGAGUCUAUUUAGAAUUCUAAAUUUACUAUGAGUUGAUCGUAGUGUUUGUAAUUGGAUUUGAAUGGAGUUGGAUCUUAAGAAAUCUAGAUAAUAUCUUCCAGCUCUUUUAAUUAUUUCAAAAAGAAAGAAAAAAAUUACAAAGAAAACGAGAAAAGUAGAUCACAGACACAACGGAAGCUCAAUCUUUGCUGGUGGUUGUCGAGGCCCGCUCCUUGAAUUAUUUAAUGAUCGGCGAUCAAGGAAGACUUGAUGCUAUUGUUCUCCAAUCGGAUAAACCAACACAUGAUGGCAACAAGAAUGUCCCAACCAAGAAGGAAGGAUUAGCGAUACGUCUACUUAGUCUAUUUCUUAUUCAAGAGAGACACCUAUGUGGUAUGCUGCCCACAGCUUUCAUUUCAGCCACAAAUUUGGAUACGUCUACUUAAGUCUUUUUUUUUACUUGAGAAAGACAUCUAUUUGGAAUUCCUUGUACACAGUUUUCAUUUCAGCGGCAAAUUUCAUAGAAAACAAUCUAAUUUUCGAGUUGAAAGCAAUCAUAGGUCAAGUUUCAACUGAUUU